AUGAUGCUCCCAAAAAAUGAGGAACGAAAAUUGACAAUGGAGGAACAAACAGAUAUAAAUGUGAAUAAAAUGAUAGAAGCGAUGUUUAAUACAAAAGACUCGACCAAAACCAUAAGUGAUCACGAACGUGAAAUUUUAGAAAAGUCGGAGUCUUUGGACGCUCGUUUGAAGACUUGUAUACAAGAAGAACUUGAAGGAUUUUCAACAGGACUUCAAUUACUUGAAAAAUCGCAAGAGAACUCGACUGAAAUUGAUCGUCUUGCAAACGAGAUAUCAGGGAUAUGCCAAGCGUGUGAUGAUCUCUUUCAGAACUACACGUUAGUCAAAGAGAUCACCACCAUCCGACGCAACUUAAAGGAAGUUAUUGACACCGUGAGGUAUUUAAAAACGUUGAAAGACAAAGUGAAAGAGAUAGAAGAAGCUUUAAAAGACGAGAACAAUUUACUUCGCGUCCAUUCGAUUGUGCGUACGUAUGAAAUGUUACGGCUCGCGAUAGAAAAACAAAUUCGAAAAAGAUCGUUACUCUACGGACCCGAUGUAGAACCGUAUUUCCAACAAAUCACACAGAUCAGACAAUUCUUAAUGCAAACUAUUGAAGAUAUAUUCACCCGUUUUGUCGAACACGCCAACAAGACCCCUGAGAUAUUAGUGAAAGUCGCAGUGAUCACAGAAAGAGACCGGAGAGACAGAGAACAAAUUAAACAACAAGCCAAAGGCGAAGGUGUUAAAGUACAAGAAUUCGAAUUGCAAGGAGAAAACUAUGUUGAAAACAUUAAGAACUAUGUGAAGACCGCCGCGGAGCAAAGUAUCAAAGAAAAAUUCGAAUUGACAGAUAAACCGUGGGUGAACACGGUGCCGACGAUGAAAUCAUUACAACAACUCUUGGACGAAAUUACUAUUGCUUCUUUCGACGCAGCCCCUUGUUUCCCACCUGACUAUUCUUUGAGAGACGUGUACUUGAUAGAAACAACGGAGAAACUGAAAGAGAAUUUCGAGAAAUGGUGUCAGGCGGAUCCAUCGAAAUUGGGAAACGAUUUGAUUUCUAACACGACUAUCAUCUCACUCUUAAAAUGGAUUAACGACGACUUUGUGCCCACUAUGGACAGAAUUGGUGCAGACCAUAAGAAUUUGCCAGAUUUACUUGUGGCAACCCGAGGAGGACAGUUACAGUACAAAGAACGAAUUAAGGGGAAGAUGUUUGACUGGGUCGAAAACAUUGCAAAGUCGGAUUAUAAGCAAACACCUAUGACUAUUAAUAAUCUCCUCUAUACAACAGCGCCCGUCGAUUUGUUUGGAAUUGUUAAAGAACAAAUUGAUAUUGCAAAGACGAGUAAAAGCUCUGAUUUCAUAUUUGAAGUUGUUAACGCACUUGUUCCCCCUCUUGAAAUGUAUUCAAACAAUGUGAUCAACCAACUCAGACUGUCAAUGGAAAAGAAAAAGGAGAAUGAAAAGAAGAAAGACAAGAGUGAUUCUGAAGAUGACAAAGAGAAGGAAGACGAUGACGAGUUGCCUUUGGGGUAUGUCAUUUCGCUCAUUAACAACUCGAACGCGUGUAUUGACAAGACGGAAACAAUGGUCGAGGAUGUUGGAGAGAUAGUUGGUCACGAAUUAGCAUCUCGAUUUGACUUUUCUACCGUUACAUCUUCUUUUGAAAGAGUAAUAGAUGAGGCGUGUAGUUACUUAGUUGGUAUUGUGGUGUCGGACUGUCAAGUGAAAAUUGAUGAUUUAUUCAAUGACGAGUACUAUGAUGGGGAUGAUUGCGUCGAGAUGAUCGCUGGAUGUAUCCAAGAAUAUGCAAGUGGCGAUUUUGCACCAAAUUUGUUAUCGAUCUACGUCGAGGAUUUAGUCACGAAAAUAUUGAACGAAGUGAUCAAUCGGUAUAUCCUUCAGUUGUGUACAAAGAAGCACAAGUUUUAUAAUAACGAGAAGAGAAAAACUGGCGAAAGGGUUGAAAAGGACAAAUCCACUUUUGGAGAGUUUUUGAAGCAAUUCAUCGACGAGAAAAAGUUGGAGAAAAUUUUGAACGUUCUCAGAGGCUUUUCAGAGUUACUUAAAAACGAGAGAGAUGGCGUAUUCUCGGGAUACAAAACCAUUUUGCAAGACUAUAAAGAUUGCCCCGUUGAGGUCCCAAAAUACAUUGUCGGACAACGAGAAGAUUUUUCGGGAAGCGACAAAGAUGAGGCUUAUAAGACACUCGAGUCACAAGCAGCAGACGUGAUGUUAGACCCAAAGAUGAAACCAACUAUCUUCAGAAAUAUCAGUCUACCGACUAAAUUCGGGUUUUAA